CCAUCAGCUUCGCUCGGAAGCUUCGUUUCUUUUCUCUUCUCUCUGUCUUCCAUGUGAUGAGUCGCUUCGAUUCGGUCUGUGAAAAAAAAGCUUCUCAAUUCUCUCCAUUUCUAUAUUCAAAGAUCUAACCUUUGUUGAAUUGGAGAGAAAGUUCCAGGGAAUUUGUGUCCUCCCUCUUCUUUCCGUGUUUUUCCUGGAAAGUCGCUGAUUUUCCCGGAAAAUGUCAGGCGUUAAUCCCAAUGUGCUCUGUUUGAUCUUUGAGUUUUAGGGUUGGGUUGGGUUUGGUUGUGUUCAAUGCGUGUUUUGGGUCUGGUUGCUUGUUGGUUUUCUCGGAAUUUUUGUUGUUUGGUUUGUUUGGAGGUCGUGGAGUGGUCAGAUCUUUGUUUCUAGGGUUGUGUUGGGUUUGGUUGGCCUUUUCGAUGUUUUAGGGUUUAUGUUCAGAAUCAGUUGUGUAGAGAUUCAUGUGGGUUUUAUCUCAUGUCCUGAGUUUCCCAUUUUCAGGAAUUUGAAUGAGAAUCUUCUUUUUCUAGGGUUUGUUUGUCAAGAUUUGAAAGCUUAGUUCGCGUACCUCUUUGUCUUAGUUGGAUCGUUGAUUUCUAGGGUUUUGCUUUGUUGGGGAAGAAUUCGUCUGUUUUUCUGGGGUUCUCAGGGUUUGGAGUUCUUCUAGAUGGACAAGGAUAAAUCUCCGGGGCACGGAGGAGGCUUUCCACCUCCGUCCGGGCGUUACUCUUUCUCUCCAACUGGGAAUUCAUUCAAUGCGAAACCCGAAUCAUCAUCUCCGAAUUUGCCUCCGUUGCCCGUUGGCUCUGGCUCUGAAUCCUCUCAUUUCGGGCACGGAAUUUCUCCGGAUUCUAAUCGUUUUAGCCAUGAUAUAAGCCGAAUGCCCGAUAACCCGCCAAAGAAUCUGGGUCACCGGCGUGCCCAUUCCGAGAUUCUUACUCUUCCCGAUGACCUUAGUUUUGAUAGUGAUCUUGGCGUGGUGGGUGGCGCUGACGGGCCUUCGUUCUCAGAUGAGACCGAAGAGGACUUAUUUUCUAUGUACCUUGAUAUGGAUAAGUUGAAUUCCUCUUCUGCAACAUCGUCAUUUCAAAUGGGUGAGCCAUCUUCUGCGGCCCCACUGGGAUCCGCUUCGGCAGCAAUGACUGAGAAUGUAGUUGCUCGGCCUAAUGAUAGGCGAGUUAGGCACCAGCAUAGCCAGUCCAUGGAUGGGUCGACCAGCAUUAAGCCUGAGAUGCUCAUGUCGGGUUCCGACGAGAACUCAGCAGCUGAUUCCAAGAAAGCCAUGUCCGCUGCUAAGCUUGCGGAGCUUGCUCUCAUUGAUCCAAAGCGUGCAAAGAGGAUUUGGGCAAAUAGGCAAUCUGCUGCAAGGUCAAAGGAAAGGAAGAUGAGAUACAUAGCUGAGCUUGAACGUAAAGUACAGACCCUGCAAACAGAAGCAACAUCAUUGUCUGCUCAGUUGACCCUGUUGCAGAGAGAUACAAAUGGUCUGACGGCUGAAAACAGUGAACUGAAACUGCGUUUGCAAACAAUGGAGCAACAGGUUAACUUGCAAGAUGCAUUAAAUGAUGCAUUGAAAGAGGAGAUCCAGCAUCUGAAAGUUUUGACUGGGCAAACUAUGCCAAAUGGUGCACCUAUGAUGAACUUCCCUCAGUCUUACGGAACUGGCGCACAAUUUUAUCCCAACAAUCAGGCCAUGCACACUCUUUUAACUGCACAGCAGUUUCAGCAGCUCCAGAUUCAUUCUCAUAAGCAGCAUCAGCUUCAGCAGCAUCAACUGCACCAGCUGCAGCAGCAGCAGCAGCAGAUUCAACAGCAGAUUCAGCAGCAACAAAUGCAGCAGGAACAGCCUCAACAAGCUGGAGAUCUGAAAAUCCGAGGAUCUAUGGCUUCUCCGAGCCAGAAGGAAAAUGCAUCAGACACCAACUCUUCUGCUGUGAAAGAAUGAUGAGAAGAGGAAUGCACCAGCUGGCUGGGCACUCAAGGGUCAGUGUUUGUUCAAAAUUUUGUUUCAAUCUCUCCGGAGAUUGGACAUCUUUGGUUUUUUGUUUGUCCUUUUUUGAUCUUUCUCUGAGAACAAAGGAAAGUGCAUGUGUCAUCAUAGCCCCGCUUCAAACGAAAGAUGAGGAACGUGCCAGUCAGCAGCUAGGUAUUAAAGGGUCAGUAUGGGUUCAAAAUCCUUGUUUCAGUCUGUUGUCAGAUAGGACAUCUUUGGUUUUUUGUUUAUCCCUUCUAGACAUCUAUAUGACCUUCUUUCUUAGGUAUUUAAUUUCAUUUAUAUUUAAUUUUAGUUGAAUAUUGAA